GUCUACCAGGCGCGCACUGAUAGGACUGCCCACUUUGAUUUCUACAAUUAGAAAUGACCCACUUACUCCGUCGUACCUUUACUUACACGUUAGUAGGAAGUAUUUUUGUGCUCCUGAAAAUUUUGAUUAGUUUCUUCAUUGACGGUGGUCCAGACUUUACAUCGGAAAUCAAAUACACGUUCAUGCUCAGAUUUUGCAGGAAGCAACCCAUUUUAGAACUUUGUGUGAUUUUUAUUGCCAGCAGUGUGUUAACUAAAACGAUGGCUACUAGUCAUCCGUUUGAGAACAGAGACGUGGCUGCAGCCUUUACAAAAGCCAACAAGGCUUUCAUGUUGAGUCUCUUGAAGCAGUUACCAUCCGAAUCCAACAUCUUUUAUUCACCCUUCAGUAUCUCCACCGCUUUGGCAAUGGUUCAUUUAGGAGCGAAAUCAGAAACACUCGAAGAAAUGAAUCGAGCUCUUCAUUUUGAAAAGAUGGGCAUAGAUGUGCAUUCAGCUUUUGGUUCGUAUCUGGAAUUUUUGUCCAAGGAAACUGGUGACUGCACACUUAAAACAGCGAAUAAAAUUUAUCAAAGUAUGAGGUUCAAACCUGAAGAGUCAUUCCUGCAAGACUGUUCCAAAAAUUUCAAAGCAACUGUUGAGGCUGUGGAUUUCUCUCAGUCUGAAGCGGCGAGCAAGAAAAUAAAUUCAUGGGUUAGUCAGCAAACCGAGAAUAAAAUCCAGAAUCUUAUUCCAGCAGGCGCACUGAACAGCCUUACAUUCAUGGUUCUAGUAAAUGCCAUUUACUUUAAAGGAAACUGGAACAGCCAGUUUAAUUCCAAACAUACACAGGUGAUGGAAUUCCGGAAUGCCAAAGAGAAAUUUAUGACUAACAUGAUGUAUCAGAAAGCAUCUUUCAGAUUCUGCCACUUCCCUGACCAGAUGCUAAACGCCCUUGAACUACCAUACCAAGGACAAACCCUCAGUAUGUUAAUUCUUCUCCCCACUGUUGUGGAUGGUUUAGAAAAUCUGGAAAAGAAUUUAACGGAGUCCCUUCUGAAAAACAUGGUCAGCAGCUUGAGAGAAAAGAAAGUAGAAGUGUUUCUCCCGAAAUUCAAAAUGGAGUCGACGUAUCAGAUGAAGUCCCAUUUAUCGGCAUUGGGCAUUCCGUCGGCAUUUGAUGAAACCAAAGCUGAUUUUUCAGGCAUGGAUAAAGGUAAAGAUGUAUAUAUUAGCGAGGUUUUUCACAAAGCAUUUGUUGAGGUGAACGAAGAAGGAACGGAAGCCGCUGCUGCUACUGGAGUUGUUAUGAUGAAGCGAUCUAUCCAAAUCACGCCGGAGUUUCGGGCGGAUCAUCCGUUCCUCUUCUUUAUCCGGGACUCCGUAAAUGACGUCAUACUGUUUGCCGGGAGAUUUUACAAGCCAAUUGGGGACUCUCUGAAGGAUGAACUUUAGAUUAAAUUACUAUUAGCGUCAGAAUUUAUUUAUAGGAAAUCCAGUCUUGAGGUAGUAAUUCUGCUUCAUAUCAUUUCUUGGUUGUUGUUUUUUUUUAAUGUUAUUUUUAAAAACUUGCUAGUUGAUUAUUUGAUUGAUAAAUUAUAUUGCAAUGUC